CCAGUGGGACAGCCAUGGAGGACACCCUCACCUGCAGCAGCCAUGCCACCUUCUCCCAGGUGUUUGGACGCCAGGGACAGCUGAUGCAAGCCACGGUCCAGUCCCUCAACAGCCUGAACGACCAGAUUGUUCAGUUCAUGGUGACCAGACCUUGUAGCUUGACUGACGAGGAAGUGGCCUUCAUCCCAGGAGAGAGAGACACCUUGAAGAAGUCCAUGAACCUGAUGAGACACCUACUCGUGGAUGCUCAGGGGAAAAUCCUUAAAAUGAUGGAGGACAACAAACAGCUGGCACACAGGAUUGAUGGGGCCAUCCAGUCCGCCAGCCAGGAAGUGACCAACCUCCGCUCAGAGCUCUCUGCUACCAGCCGCAGACUGGCAGAGCUGGGUGCCAGCAGCCCCCCUGGCUUUGAGAACCACCACCAACACAACCACCAUGAUGACAGCCUCCACUACCGGGAUCCAUCGGUGCAUCACAGACAGAAGACAAUGGUGACAGACAUGUGCUACCCGACAGAGAUAUCCAGCCUGAUGGACUUUGGCACUCCAGACUGCUCGCUAGGCAAAGUGUUGUUGCGUGAGGAGGUGGCCCAGCUUCAGGAGGAGGUCCACCUGCUCAGGCAGAUGAAGGACAUGCUGAGUAAGGAACUGGAGGAAACGCAGGGAGGCUGCUCCGCGAACCUGCUCUCAGCCACCGAGCUCCGUGUGCAGCUGGGGGACAAGGAGCAGGAGCUGGACCGUGCCAAAGAGGCCUUACAAGCUAUGAAAGCUGACCGUAAGCGUCUAAAAAUAGAGAAGGCAGACCUGGUGAGUCAGAUGCAGCAGCUGUACACGACACUGGAGAGCAGAGAAGAGCAGCUGCGAGAAUUCAUACGCAACUACGAUCAACACCGAAAGGAAAGCGAGGACGCAGUGAAAGCUCUGGCGAAGGAGAAAGACAUGUUGGAGAGAGAGAAGUGGGACCUGAGGAGGCAGACCAAAGAAGCCACAGAACAGGCCAACAUCCUGCGCUCUCAGAUGGACAUGAAGGAGAACAGGGUCAAAGAACUGGAAGCCGAGCUCACCAUGGCAAAGCAGUCUCUGGCCACAUUGACGAAAGACGUACCGAAGCGCCAUUCACUGGCCAUGCCCACAGAGCCCGUAGUGAAUGGCAGUCAAGAGUGGGUGAUGCAAGCUGACCUGCCGCUCACCGCCGCCAUCCGUCAGAGUCAACAGACUCUGUACCACACCACAGACAGACAGGCUGUAGUCAGGAUCAGCCCCUGCCACUCCCGCCAGCCCUCUGUCAUCUCUGACGCUUCGGCAGCUGACGGGGACCGUUCAUCCACGCCAAGCGACAUCAACUCUCCACGUCACAGGACUCACUCCCUCUGCAAUUCCAUGGAGGACCUGGAGGACCAGAAGCGUAAGAAGAAGAAGGAGAAGAUGACUCUGGGAUCCCUGUCUCGGGUGUUUGCUCGGGGCAAGCAGCGCAAAUCACUGGACCCCGGCCUGUUUGAUGGUACAGCCACACCUGAUUAUUACAUAGAGGAGGAUGCCGAUUGGUGAUAUUGAGAGUGUGAACAUGUGUGAGUGUGUGUGUUAAAUCUGAACGGGUAUCCACCUGGCUUUAACUGUGUGUACAGGGUGUUUGAAUGUGGGAUUGUGUGGAGGAGGGAGGGGAGCACAUUUUAAAAAGAAAAGCCUAAAAGAGACUGCUAUCCCCAUAAAUGUACAGUAUAUUACCCUCAAAUUGUAUGUUUGUAAAUUAGAUAUAUAUUUAUAGAUGUACAUGUAUGCAUAUGUAUAUAUGUUUACAUGCAUAUAAAUAUAUACAUGGGGUUAUUAUUAUUACUAUGUGUAGACAUGUUUAUGCUGUAUUAUCUUCAAAAUGUUGAACUGUUUUAUGUUUUUUAUAACUGGAGACUUGAAGGACUGCUGUGCAUAUGUAAAUAGGAGUUAUUGUGAAUUUAGUGUUUUUACUGUAAAUGUCAUUUAGCUUUUGUUACUUUGCAGUUGCUUUUAUCAUGCUUUGCAACAUGGAUUUAAGGUUUUUUGUAUCCCUAAUCUCACUUGGCCCAUUUCUUAUUAUGAACGGGGAGAUGUUUCCUGGUUGGCUGGUCGUUGAACUCUUAAAGCUUAAUUGGCAGAAUUUUGUUGUCUCAGCAAAAAAUAAUUGAUUUGAGAGGUAUAAGUGGUACUUAUAGUUUUAUAACGCAUUGUAAUGGAAGCAGCAGGGAGGUUUUACGGUUAAGGCCUCUGCAAUCGUUUACGCCAACAAUUUUAUUUUUAGUUACUUGAAUUAACAACUUGCAAGCAAGGGUUAUGCCAUGAUAUAGAAUGGAAUGAAAAGUUAUAGAUAUUUAGUCUCAUCCUUUGCUGCAGACACCAUGUACAAGUGCCAAAGUUUAAACGGUCAACUUCAGCGUCAUUCUGUCACUGUUAGCAUUAGCCUCGUAACAUUGUUUAUGUCUGACUCAUUUCUUACUGAGAGCUAUCUAACACGUGCCAACCUGUGACAAAGGAAUGUGCAUUCAACAUGUGCAUGAUCCCUCUGUGUUGCUUCGAUUAGAUGUCCAUUCAUUGCCAAUCAAAUUAAUAAUCUCCACAAUCCCUUGUUACUCCUGUGUUGCCUCUUCCCUUUUUACCAAGUUAUCUCCCCCUGCAUUUUGAAUGCACGGUCCCCUUUUUAUUUUGAUUUAUCUGACUGUUUUUAUUUUGCUCUGUGUAGAUUCCCUCCUCAUUUCUUGCAAAUGUGGCUCUAAUAAUUCUAUGUUAAAGGCUUUGUAAUUUAGGAAUUGUUCCAUAAAAGAUUAAAUCUAUUGAAGUAUUUUAUUUAAAAAAGAGAGAGAAAAAAAGAGAAAACUUCAAUAUUUAUCUGCUGCAGCACCUGCAGCCGGAAGCUGAGGAGGUUUUAGCAUUUUCAAAAAUGAAUUAUAAUUGAAAUGAAAUCUUAUUUUAAAAAUAAAACUAGUAACUGAACACAUCCUA